AUGUUCCGAAGUGCGGUCGCAGGGCGCCUGUUGGCGACCACUCGGUCAAUUGGCGGGGCUCGUGCCUUUAGCUCAACUCCUGCCGCACAGGUGGCCGCCGAAGUCAACAGCGUAGGAGUCAUUGGUGCCGGGCAGAUGGGAUUGGGAAUUGCUUUGGUUGCUGCGCAAAAGGCAAACAUCCCUGUCACUCUGGUUGACAACUCCCAAGCUUCCCUCGACAAAGGACUCAAAUUCGCCGAGAAACUGCUUGCCAAGGAUGUUGCAAAAGAGCGCAUUACACAAGAAACUGCCGAUAAAGUCCGCUCAAUGCUCACCCCUACCACAAAACUCGAAGAUCUCUCAAGCUCCGACUUCAUUAUUGAGGCUGUACCCGAAAUCCCAGAUCUUAAGACCUCUAUCUUCUCCAAGCUCGUUAAGAUAGCCCCAGCCCACGCCAUCCUUGCUACCAACACAUCCUCCAUCUCGAUCACUCGAAUUGCCGCAGCAACCACCGAGGAUCCCAAGGAUCUUUCUGGCCCAUCCCGAGUUAUUUCCACUCACUUCAUGAACCCAGUUCCCGUUCAGAAGGGUGUAGAGAUCAUCACUGGACUGCAGACUUCUCAGGAUACCAUUGACACUUCUCUUGAGUUGAUGAAGCGUAUGGGUAAAAUUGCCGCCCGAUCGACAGACUCCCCUGGCUUCUUGGCCAAUCGUAUCCUCAUGCCUUAUAUCAAUGAGGCAAUUAGCUGCUUAGAAAAUGGAAUUGGUACCAGAGAGGAUAUUGACAGCAUCAUGAAAUAUGGAACUAACGUCCCCAUGGGUCCAUUGACUCUUGCCGAUUUCAUUGGCAUUGACACCUGCUUGGCCAUCAUGAACGUUCUACACCAGGAGACUGGGGACAGCAAGUACAGACCUGCUGGCCUACUAAAGAGAAUGGUUGAUGCCGGCUGGGUGGGCAAGAAGGCUGGAAAGGGUUUUUACGAUUAUUGA